UCCUCUUCGAUAACCACCAAAACCAGGUCCCAUUCCCACAUUUACCCAUCCCCUCCACCUCCAACCUCCCCCUCCUCAUCGCCUCUGCCUCUCUCUCUCUCUCUGUGAUUAAUUUCUCCAAUGAAGCGCUCUCUUGAUGCUCAACCCCAAAACGCUGCUCCGGUUGUCGGAGACGAUGUCAAAAUGAAGAAGAUAAAGCAUCAGCAGGAAGAGGAAGAGGAAAAAAUGGAGGAUGGAGUUAAUACGGGAACUGGGUUUGUUAAUUUAGAUGAGAAUUUGCUUUUUGAGGUCUUCAAACACGUGGAUGCGAGAACUCUGGGGAGGGCCGCCUGUGUGAGCAAGCAGUGGCAUCGGACUGCGCAGGAUGAGAGGCUUUGGGAGUUGAUCUGUACUAGACACUCUGCUAAUAUUGGAUGUGGUAUCCAACAACUGAGAUCUGUUGUUCUAGCUCUUGGUGGGUUUCGUCGUCUUCACUCUCAGUAUUUAUUGCCUCUUUCUAAGCCACAAUCAAGUUCCACGGCUUCAAGUUCGUCGUCCUCGUCUUGGUCUCCUUUCCCGGCAAUGAUUGGCUCGAAGCCCCCGGCUAAGUGGGGAAAGGACGAGGUGCAUCUCUCACUGUCUCUGCUUUCGAUACGGUAUUAUGAAAAGAUGAAUUUCAGUAACAGAGGGAGAUGAAUUAGAAUUAUCAGAUGAUAUUAAUAACUAAAAUAUAUAGGAGUAUGUCUUAUUAACUCUAAUUUUUCGGGUUUUAUUUAGAUUUUAUUUUUGUUGUAUGUCUAAAUUUGGCUUGGGAUUUUGUUUGCUUGUUUGUUUUUGUUGUAUUUAAUAUGGGUUUUUCUAAUUAGAUCUGUAAUAUGUAAUCAUAUUGUAAUGAAUCAAUUAUUGUUUGCUUGUUGGCCAAA